UCCUUCGUCUUGUCGGAAUGGUUCGUCAUCCUAAAGUCCAACAGCACUCGGUCCAAAAGCAACACCAGAGAAUAACAUCGCGUCCACAUGAUCGCCCCAACGGAGCCCGACCAGCAGUCGUCGAAUCCUGAGAGGGACGUUUGGACGCACGUACGGCACUCACUCUGCGACGAGUGUCGCCCAAGGCUAUCCACCAACAAAUGUCCUCGGGAGGACCCAUCCACACUCUCCCCGGCCAAUCGUCUGGCACCCGCAACGAUCCAAUCUCCUUGUCCCGUGUGCCUCGGCCUUUCCUCCCCCGAGUUUGCGAACCAGCUAGAGGCAUCGGUGCGACAAGCGUUGAAGCCGUACGGAUCACCGUGCGAGAACCGCUUCAGCCAAGAGACGGACCAACCCACCCUCAUCCUGCCCGGGGAUUUACUGUAUCGCUACGGAGCAUUGCAACGUUGGUGGAAUCCCGUAUUGUCCGGCAACAACAACAAUGACUCGAUUCUCGCACUGGGACAGACUUUCAAAACGCGAGCCCGGGCACUCGUAUCCAACUGCGUUCAAGGCCUGGUACAAUCGAAUUCAACAUCGGGUUCCCACUACCCACAAUAUGUACAGGACGAGGAACAGGGCUACUUGAGUGUGUAUGUCAUUGCCGUUCCCCAUUCCACAUUGCAUCGACCUACCCAUUUGUUUUCCGGUGGUGGUACCAGCAAACGACGUAGGCACCAUCGCCAUCUGGACGUUUCCGAAACACAACAAGGAGGCGAUCCGCGAAAAAGUCUCGAAGAAAGAAUGAAAAAGCAGGGAAUUACCGUUUGGUCCUUGAAUCAGGCAUUCAACAGCAAUUUAGACUUAAUUUCCGAGGAAGCCGAUCGAAGUAUCCUCGAACAGACGAAAGCAAUGUCCGAGCACGCCUCUGGCUUUGACUUUCACGUGGCCGUUUGGCGACGACCAUUUUACUUGCGUGGACUCUACACCAAGUUGCGUCGGGAUGUUUCCCAAACGCCGUUCUUCGUCGUGGAUGAGGGGAAGCGACGGAAAUUGGGAGUGACAUCGGUCGAGGAGCAAAUCGUGCCGGUUGUCUCACGGUACAGCGGGGGAAUAUCGUGUCACAAUAAGGAUCCUUCCCUACCCGAAAACGUCGUCUUUGGUAUGUGUAAAUUUCAUGCUUCGGGGCGGGAGGAUAUGGAUGUCCGAAUGCUACUUCCGGAGGCUAAUGCUUCGGACACCUCUAACCGGCUCGCUUCGGGGCGCCCUUUUGUCUGCGAAGUAAUUGACGCGUUGCGACUGCCCAGCGUGACGGACCUACUGCGCAUAGUCGACAACGUCAACAAAACCACAAGUGUUAACGAGAAUAUGACUCUUCCUCGAUGCUACGGCCGCAAUGACAUGACCUCGAUCUCUCGCGAUUUCUCUUUCGCUCCCGCAUCCUCGUUUAAAAAUUUGCAGGCCGAGACGGAAGACAAAGUAAAGUUCUAUGGCUGCCUAUGUUGGAGCGCCACCCCAUUACCAAAAGAAGACGAGGAUCUCAAGAAGCUUUUGGGGACAUUCCCGCUACAACUCAAGCAACGUACCCCCAUCCGUGUUUUGCAUCGCCGUUCCAACAUGAUUCGCGUCCGUCAUGUUCUUUCCGCCCAGGCUCAUCGAAUCGACGACCACUAUUUUCGACUUCAUAUAAGUACGGAUGCCGGUACAUACGUGAAGGAGUUUGUGCACGGCGACCUUGGCCGAACAGUCCCGUCAGUAUCAGCGCUUUUGAAAUGCAAGACAGAUAUUUUGGAACUGGAUUGCGAGGGCAUUCAAACAUCGUAA